AUGCCAACCGACAUAAGGGAGGAACUGAUGAACGAAAGAACGAAAGAACUACUCAUCCGCAAACAACAGUUUAUCAAGCGACCACCAUCACCACCACCACAGCAGCAGAAGCAACCUCAACAACUUCAACCAUUCAUUAAAUUAAUGAACUUGGAAUCUCCGAAAAAGCUGAUGCCGACAACGAGUAGGAGGGGAAGGAAGAGGAAAUGUUUCGAAAUCAGCAAACAGACCAACAAACAACAACAACAACAGCCAAAAGUUAAGCAACAGCAACGACAAAUACAAAUACAACGAAAACAUAGGGAUCAACAAAAUCUGCACCACUCACGUCUGCCUGGAUCGAAAAGGCUGAACAUUGUUUAUGAGAAGGGCGGUGACGACAAUCCUGUUAAGGAGGAUCAGAGUGAAUCGAAAGUGUUUUCCACGUCAAACAAUCUUUUAGGUAAUCAAAAUCGUGAUAGUCGUCUUGAUCCUCAACUACAUCAGGACGUUGAUCAUCAACAUCAGCAUCAGCAGCUGGACUCUCUAAAAGCUAAAAGUGAAUUAGAUGAAAACAAAAAUCAUUUUUCAAGAUUUACGUCUCUGCAAGACAUCAAGAAUGAGAUCAAGAUGUGGACAGACUUUUCUUCAGCUCCAAACGAGUAUGACGUCUGUCACUUCACUGAAUACCUGAUGUCCCUUCUGGAGUCACAUGACACUCGCCGAGUCUUCCUCAUUUUGAAGUACAUUCAGAGGUUGGACAACUUGGAAGAGUGCUGGCAGGUGAGAUUGAAGACCGUAGUGACAACCGUACAAGCUGUUGUGCGAUCGUUGUUCAGCGGGCAGUUGAAAUUAUGA